UUGCGGAGGGAGGGGAGGGGGGAGGUUUUAGGGCGACCGACGACGCCUGGCCAGUGCGCCGCCAGCAGCCUCCAGGAAGGCCUGAGAGGAAGCCUCGCUCCGGUCUCCCGCCGCCGGUGCACACACGCUCAAUGCCCUAGCUGUGAUAUUUGUACAAAACUUCUCCGGAGCCAUGCGGGCGUUGUUCGUCAGACAGACAACCGCUGCCUGUGUACGAUUAUGAGAGACGACGACGGCGCGACGGAGUCUUGUAGCAAAAUGUUUGACAUGUCAAUUCAGGAGAUAAACGGCAAGGGGCCGAAGAAGCGGAAAAAGUCGUUGGAGCCAAACUGUGAUACAGACCGGGGAGAGUGUGGGAACGAGAAGGUCGACGUUAAGAAUGGAGGAGGAGUGAACGAGGAGUCCAAGGAACAGCGAGGAGUUGGAGACAAGAGUGUGGAGCUGCUGCACUGGCGCGACAUGCCGCAACAUCUACAGUUCAAUCCGUACGUGUUGACCGGCUACCGGCCGCUGCAAAGCUUCGGAGGCUGCGUACGCAGUCUGUUCUACUUCCACAAUGAGACCAUUAAUAUACUGACACAUGGGGUGUCCCUGCUAUAUAUGAUGGCUGUACUGCCAGGGUUGCUACCUUGGGGUGGUGGUAGUGGCGCGUGGUUCCUGUCUCUCUGCCACUUGAUGGGAGCCCUCGCCCCCUGGUGCGGCUCCUUCCUCUACCAUCUGUUCAUGAACCACACACAAGGCGCUAGCUUGUAUCACCGAUUGUUGCAGUUGGACAUGCUAGGCAUUUGGGUCAGCCAGAGCAUCGGUGCUAUCCCAAUGGUGACAGCGACAGUGUACUGUGCGCCUACCCUCCUACGGUAUGCGGCGUUAGCUGUGUACUGCCUCGGGAGUUUGCUUGGUCUUUAUAAGGCGAUGCGUGCGUGGUCUCCGUGGGAACGAAGGUUGUGUUUUGCUGCUCCUUUCUGCAUGCGGCUGCUGCUGGCUGGUGCUCGUGCUGCAAACCUCGCUGGUGGCGACCCUCAUGCUAUACUGCACGUAUUCCUUCAAGAUGCAGUAUCCCUUGGAGGUGGUGUGAUCGGCGCCAUGCAUAUACCGGAAAAGUGGUUCCCUGGUACUGUGGACCGCUGUUUGAAUUCACACAACAUCAUGCACGUGCUGGUCGUGUUGGCUGUGUACUCCAUGCAUCAGGUAUGCAACAACAACAUGCAUACUUUUACUAACCAUGCAUUAUAUACAACAUGUCAAUAA